GUGUUGUGUCGUCCCCCAGACAACAUCUCAUCAGAGGGAGUUCGAAAAGCAAACCGUGCUUGUAGCUCGGCUUCAUCGCUGUGGCUUAUGGCACUCUUCCAGAACGCUAUCCUGAAUACGCCCUUUAUAUUUGGUUAUUCAGAUACAAAUUUCUGGUACAUUUUCAUAGUGUACAUUGCACGUUGCUACUUUGUUGAAAGCAUUGAGGCUAGGCGAGGUACAAUUCACAUCACCACUGCAGAACAGUCGGGCGAUCUUAGUCCAUGAUCGUGGAGUGGGCUCCUUUUACAAGCCCUCCCUUCAGAGUGAAAAACCCUCCUCCCUUCCUUCCUACCCCUCCCCCGCUUCAUCCUCUCCACUGCACAAGCACACACGGAAACACACACGCAACCCAACAGCACGACCACCCCGCAGCAGCUAUCAUGGACCUGCCUGCCCAAGCCAACGACGACGCCCAGCUCGCGGCCGACACCGCGACCCGCCAACAACUGAUCGGCCAACGCGACGACUUGGAGCGUAGGUUAGCCAAGCUCGCGAGAUUUCUCGAGGUCCAGUACUCUUACGGCUUCGUCAUCCGCGAUCUCCAAAUCAUCACCGACCUCAUGACCGAGACGUAUGAGUCCGUUAAGAAUCUUAGGGGUGAGAUUCGGAGGCUCUCCCGUCGCUGAGUCCAGACUUGCUAUAGAGUCGGAAUAGAUGGAGGAGAUGGAGCCGGCAGAGGAGUAAACUCCCACUCCUACUGGCUGUGAAACGGAUCUCCUCGCUGUUCACGCGGGAAAGGCUGCGAUAUCGAUUUCAAUAUGAGCGACAGCAGCCCUACAUUCCCCACGCUCCCUUCAUGAACAACCAUGAUGGUCCAAUAUGUGGGCGGGCUGCCUUACCUGUACACCCAAUCCCCCAAUCCCCCUACCCCAUUGCAAUUCCCUGCGCUUUGAUCUACACAAUCAUGUCUCUCCAAGACUUGGUGGGCUCUCUUGACCUCACUGUCUUGCGGUGUAAAUAGCAUUCCUUAAUUACUGGGGUAUGAUAAUACAAAUGUCUGAUUUCAAAUACUACGUGCUUGCUUUUAACCUAUGCUUCGAGGUGACCGUGAUAGCUGAGAUCUGCUGCUGCACUGAGUGCGACGAGUCAACGAUACAACGCUUUUCCCCUAGAACUCCAUGCAAAUGGGUGCUACGUGAUGAUCUCGUGGGACUGACCUGGAUUUGAUCUUCAAGGCCUCUAUGUCACCUUAUCUGGAACAUGAUUGCCGUGCUUCUCUUCCUCUUCAUCUUCCACCCGUCAUCAUUGGCGUAAGAGUCCGUUCCCUCUUUGGUAUUCGAGGGCCUUUCCUCAUGAAAGGAAUUCCCGAGCAAUUGGCAUAUGAUGACGAUGCCAAUCCCCUCAUUCCAAACGCCUUUUCCACUGUAGUUUUCCCCAACAACUUCGCAGUGAUCUCCUAAUGCAGCAGCACAACCUCCUCCUCCCCAUCGACAUCUUCCCCAAUUCUUGACCCUCCAACU